CUACCAAAGUGACCGACGGGCAUAAUAAGUGGAUGGAGGUUUGAGGUUUGCUGGAGAGAGGGAUCGGGGCGUAAAUCCGCGUCUCGUAUAAUUCACCCUAUCCACUCACCGCCUGAUUUACCCCUCCUCCUCGCGGGCUGCGGCGGGGGCGCUGCCCGGUCGCUUCGCCUUUUGUCACUAAAGAGGCCGAAAAAGGCGAGUUUCCAUCUUUGCCAAGGAACAAGAGAAAAGACAUGGCGAAGUCCCUGCCAUCUUCUUCUUCCACCGACAACAAAACCCACUUCCUCCUCCUGCCCCCGCUGCUUCUCCUCUUCCUCCUGCACCAGACCACUGCGAAAUCUAGCGCAGUGGCCGAACUGCCCUGCGGUCGAAAUGCAGAUGCAAAUUCAAAUGCAGAUGCAGAUGGUGGGGGAUGCUUGGUCGAGCAUGAUCUGGAUCUGGAGCUGAGCUCGGAGGAGAGCAGGCGGCUGCUGUGGGCUGCCACGGAGAAGAAGUACAUCAGCUAUGAGGCUCUCAAGGGGGAUGUGGUGCCCUGUUCCGAGCCCGGAGUUCCCUACUACAACUGCCACGUUUUCCCCAGGGCCAGUCCCUACACCCGGGGCUGCCAAAUCAUCAGCGGCUGCAGAGGCGACAGUCCCUAGAGGGAGGAAGGCAUCGACCACCAGGUGAGAGGAACAAACCCUAUACAUUUUGAUGUUGUAAACAUUAAGUUGUUUGCAAUGCCACUAUUUCUCAAGAGGGCUCAAAAAUUCUUGCCAAAUUUGAUCUGACUAGUAAUUAGAUAAAGUAAUGAUAUGAUGAUAUCCUUGGUGUUGUUGGUAAAGCUAUGAUCUUCCUGAUCGCCUUCAACCAUUUCACUGUGAAUAGAGCUUGUUCAUCAAAAAAUGUAAAAUAUGACAACUAUGCAUGGUGUUGCUUCGUGGAAUAGCUGCUCUUAGUUGUGAAAA